AUCCCCCACAACACACUCCAUUUUUACCUUUCCUUUCCCGUAAAAUCACUAAUCUCUCCCUCCAUAUUUUUCUCCUAUCCAUCAUCCCCUCAAAAUCCAAUCCCUAGAUUUCCGCCACUCUCCGCACGGACUGAAGAAGGGGGGGAAAAAAUGGCCGAACCGCCUCCGACGGCCGUCUUCCUCCGCUCCAGCCGCAUCCCCCACGACGUCGUCACCGACAUCUUCCGCCAGCUCCCGGCCGAGGCCCUCCUCCGCUUCCGCGCCCUCUCCAAGCCCAUCUGCGACCUGAUCGACAGCUACGAUUUCAUCCAGCUCCACUUGUCCUACUCCCUCCGCACCAAAUCCCACCACUCCCUCAUCCUCCGCGACUGGCACCUCUACACCGUCGACUUCGACUCCCUCGGCGCCGCCGUCGAUCUCGACCACCCGCUCUCCGUCGGCGGCGGGACCGAGGCGGUCGGCUCGGUGAACGGCCUCGUCGCGCUGCGGAACUCGGAGCGGGAUCUCGCGAUUUACAACAUCGCCACGCGGAAGGUCCGGAAGCUGCCCGUGAGCGAGGUGGAGCCGCCCGGCGGGCAGCACCUGAGGACCGGGUACGUUUUCUACGGGUUCGGGUACGAUUCUUUGAACGAUGAUUACAAGCUGGUGAGGAUGGCGACUUUCGUCGGGGAUGAGAACGCGAGCGAUACUUAUAAUUACGAUUACGAGGUGAAGGUUUAUAGCUUUAGGAGCAAUUCGUGGAAGAAGAUUAUGGAUGUCCCGUUUUACAUCCGGUUCCUGCAUAAGCCCCUGCAUCAGGUUUUGCAUAGGAGAGGGUACGGGGUUCUCGUUGGCUCUGCUCUGCAUUGGGUGCUGCCUCAGAGGGCUUUGCUGGGUUUGAAGAAUUAUAUUGUCUCGUUCGAUUUCGUUGCUGAGAAGUUCGAUGAGGUGCCUCAGCCGGAGUACGAGAAUAAGGAUCUGAGCUACCAAGUGGAUGUGGGGGUUCUGGAAGGGAAUCUCUGUGUGAUGUGUAACUACGAGCAUGUAUGCGUCGAUCUGUGGGUGAUGAAGGAGUAUGGGGUGAAGGAGUCUUGGUCUCGGCUGUUCUCGGUGCAGAAGAUUAGGAAUACUACUGCAUUUGGGUUCUUGAGGCCUUUGAUUUAUGCCAAGGAUGGUAAUGAACUGCUAUUGGAAGUGAAUGAUGAGAAGCUCUUCUGGUACGAUUCGAAGACUGGGAAGGCUAGAAGUGUGAGGAUUCUUGACGGGCCGAGAUCGUUUGGUGCUGUAAUGUAUGUGGGAAGUCUUAUUCCAGUUGAGGAUCCUGAUGAAGUUGAGCGGCAGCGACGGUUAAGGGAGGAUGCCGAGAGGGAGAAGUUGAGAUCCGAAAAUAACAAUUGGGGAUGACUUCCUAUCAGUUGGAUUUAAACUGAAGCUGUGACCAGCAGAGAAGACACCGAUGACCAAGAGAGCGUCCACUGCGAGCUAUCCGCGGAGAAACGUGGCAUCACGAGGUCCAUGUGAUGCCGCAACAAGGAAAGCCAAAGGCAUGUGGAGGAAACCUACAUCUUUCUUCAGCCUUCAGCAAGUUAGGAUGUGGUGGUCUCUCUGGUUGGAAAGGCUUCAGCCUUGGGCAAAGCAUCAUUUCAUUUGCCUAAAAUGUACUAGGAUUCCUGAUAGAUAUCUUUGUCAUGUUACUUAGGAAGAAGAAAGAGCUUGUAGAAAGGAAAGGGAUCAUCUGUAGACUACCUUACAAAAAGCUAGAGAAUAAGAAAGGAGAAAGUGAAAGCUACCCAGAAAACAAAUAAAGGAAAGCAACAGAAAACAGAAGAGGUUAGGUUGCUACUUACUGUACAUGCAAGCAUUUGCAGGAUCAUGCCCGGAAUCUCAUUCCAGUCACUUGGACGACGAGAAAGGUGCAGCCGAAUUGCUUUUUACUCUAUUCGUACCUGACUGAAGCUUGAAAGAUUGGAAGUAGAGAAGAAGCUGCAUGCAGGUUGCUGCUUGGUAACUGCAUGGCUUCUUCUGCUUACUUCUUUCUGAUGUAUUAAUGGCUUCCUUGUAUGUGUAUUAUUGCUGAAGUCUCGGCUGUGUGUUGUAUUUUUCUGCUGCAACUUUACAUUGACAUGACAAUGUAAUGCUGUAACCUUGAAGCAUAAGUUGUAUGUUUGUAAUCUGGAGCCUGGAUACCCUUGUAUCAAGUGUUCACAGAUGUGUGAACACGAUUGCGUCAAAAUCUUCAUUUUUUUUUAUUAGUCUUAAAA